CCCGUCUAUCGCUCCCAUGGUGUGAAUGUUGUUGUAUACAUCUGUCCUUACGAGUACCCGUCGGGUGGGCUGGUAGCAGCGGUGUAAACAAUGAUGUUAAUCAUAGCACUGACCAUAUCAUUCCUCUCGGAGGUAGCAGGACAAGGUAUACCCCGUGGGGAGAUGCUCCUGUGUGAGGGGGACCAGGGCCGGAUAGAGUGUGGACCUAACGAAGUCAUCUUCAUCUACAGUGCGUUUUACGGACGUAUCAACAAGAAUAUCUGUGACAAUGGUGAAAUAUACACGGACAAAUGUCUCGCUUCGCACGUGACCCAGAAAGUGAAGGAUAUCUGUGACAGAAGGUCGUUUUGUAGGAUAAAUGCUGUCAGUGAAAUAUAUGGGGAUCCGUGCCCUGGAACAUACAAAUAUUUCAGAGUGAGAUUCGUAUGUGAUGGAGAAAAAGGAACUACGACUUCCCCACAAUUACUUUCACCAAGGAACAAUAGCUUUAAUGACCAUUUGUCUUCUUAUAAACAUGAUGCAACAUUUCCCCGACUGUAUUUCUCACAAAAAUAUCAUGAUGUUACAUUUUGAUUUUGUUUUGAAUAAAUACAUAUUUUAAAUAAA